AUGGGCGUCGGAUCCGGGUCCUUCGCUCUCCUCCCCAUUCGUGCGCAGAAGCAGCAGGUGGAAACUCAAAAGCCAGAUGUUUUUACUACUGGUGAAGAGGAGUCUGCUACCAGGAGGCUGCAAUUUGAGCUUGUUCGACUGAACACGGAACUCGCUAAAACCCGCGACCAGUUGAGUGUUACUGAAAGGCGUCUGGAUCAGGCCUUACGUGCUCGAGCCCGCUACAAGGAACUAUGGGGGCGUGCUCUGAACGAGGUCGCCCGACUGAAGCAGGAAUCCGAGGCCAACACACGGCAGGCUCUCCAACGCAAGGAAGCAGAGAUUCGCAACGAACUGGAGCGCCUCCAGGUCAUAGAGAACAAUCGGGAGGGUGAAGUAACCGCAGGGCCCUCUAACCAAACGGCAGUAAUACAGCCGAAUUCCGUUAACCAGACUCAACUAGCAAGGCUUUUGGAGGAGCGUGGAGCACUGCUCACUUCCGGUGUAUAUGAAGAAGAUGAUCAGCUAAUCCUGGAUCUGGAUCAAGAGAUCCGACGCUUGACGGGCGGACUAAGACCGCCUUCCCCACCCAUCCCUGCAUAG